UUAGAAAAUAUUCCCCUGGCUGGCCUGGCUUGCUUUGGCUGUGGACCCUGAAGCCCUGAAGUGACCUGAAGUGGCCACUGGUACUUGGAUCAGUGUGUCUGAAAAGUAGAAUUUUGCUUUAAAUGAUCAGUGGCGUACAGAGAGAUCUGGUUGUAGUGCAAAUCAAGCUUAUUGUUACUUUAUUCUUUAGGACCUUUGAUUUAGAUCUAGAAAUCUAGACUAGAUUUAUAAGUAUUUAUAGGCCUAAGUAAAGCUCGCCUCACUCUCAAACAAUGGCGACUCAGAUGGAAAUAGAUGUACCAAAUGCAGGGGUUAUGGCAUCGCCUGGAACCACGGGUAGUGUCACGGUUGCCCUUCACCCUCUUGUCAUCAUGAAUAUCUCUGAGCAUUGGACAAGAGUUAAAGCUCAGGAAGGAAAACCAACCCAAGUUUUGGGUGCAGUCAUUGGUCAACAGAAAGGGCGAAAGAUUGAAAUCAUGAACUCAAUUGAACUUUUGUUUGAUGAGGUGAAUGGUGAUGUUGUGAUUGACAUGGAAUACUACAACUUGAAAGAAGGCCAGUUCAAGCAAGUUUUCAGUGAGAUGGACUUCUUGGGAUGGUAUUCCACAGGGGAUGGACCAACAGAUUCAGACAUCAAGAUUCACAAACAGUUUUUCUCGAUCAAUGAGAGCCCGGUGUUCCUACAGCUCAAUCCCCAAGCCAGGACAUCUGACUUGCCGAUUUCAUUAUAUGAAUCUGUGAUUGACUUACUCAAGGGAGAGGCGACAGUUCUGUUUGUGGACAUUCCUUACACUCUGGCCACAGAAGAGGCGGAGAGGAUAGGUGUGGAUCACGUGGCCCGCAUGUCCACCGCUGACACUGGUGACAGCUCUACAGCGGAGCACCUAGUGGCCCAGCACAGCUCUAUCAAGAUGCUGCACAAUCGCAUCAAGGUGAUCCUGGCCUACAUACAGGCUGCUCAGAAAGAUGAAGUUGCCAAGAACCACGACAUCCUAAGAGAGGCUUACAGUCUUUGCUACCGUCUACCUGUCCUGAACUCUCAAAGAUUUGGCGAGGAUUAUUACACGCAAUGCAACGACGUGUGCCUUAUGGCAUACCUAGGGGCGAUGACCAAAGGCAGCAAUACCAUGAACCAGUUUCUUAACAAGUUCAAUGUGUUGUACGACAAAGGAAUGGGCCGGAGAGUGAGAGGACUAUUUUUCUGAUGGACCUUGCGGACUUUAUAUAUAAUAUGCUAUUGUGUUUUUGAAUCUUUGAAUCUGUGUACAAAUCUGUGUACAUAUCUCGCUACUGAAGUUGUGGGAGGGGAGUUUGUUUUGUUUUCACCUAUUUUUCAUGACCUGAGAGGUUAAAUUGAAUAAAUUGUGUUUCAUGUGAACAUUUUGAGA